UUUCAUUGACUGCACGCUACUUUUUAAAAAAAUGUUACCAACCGCCUUUAAUUUGACUUGUACAUUAAUUGCUGUAGAGAGUUGUACUGUUAAGUUGUGUAGCAAUGUUUAGUUGGAAGCAUGGUCGUGUGUUCAACUUAAAGUAAUUAACACAUUCUUCAAAGGACUGAUACAAAUAUAUGUGGAUAUAGAACAACUGCUGGUCAGGAUGGUCAUACUUAAGAGACAUUGUUUCCAUAGUAACGGAUCAAGUGCUUUCCUUAACGUGGCUGAAAUGGACACGCUAAAGCUAGUGACGUCAUUGACGAUGAACGCCUCGGACGAAGACCUUGACAUUUUAACACCGUCGAGGCCCGGUUGGGAGGUAGACUACGAGCUUCUUCUUGGGCCAAACGUGACCUGCCUCACCGAGGAGCUGACGUUGCCUCGGGAGAUGACCUUCACCGAGGACAACAUGUUCUCCGUGGUGGCCUACUGCUGCCUCUUUGUAGUCUCCUUGGUGGGCAACCUCAUGGUGUUCACCACCCUGUGGGGCAGCAGGCACUCCAGAGUGAACCUUUGCAUACUGCAUCUGUCCAUAGCGGAUCUGUUCGUGGCCUGUGUCUUCUUACCUCUUGAGACCACGUGGCAUAUCACUGUGUCCUGGAGAGCCGGGGAUAUAGCCUGUAGAAUUUGUAUGGCUCUCAGGGCGUUCGGCUUCUACCUGUCGUCCAACAUCAUAAUGGUCAUUGCCAUUGACCGCUACAUGUCCAUCGUCCAUCCCAUGAUGCUGAGCGGCUCUAUUAGACGCUGUAAGAUAAUGCUAGUGAUAGCCUAUGUGGUCAGUUUAGUCUACAGCUUACCUCAAAGCAUCAUAUUUCACAUAGAACGCCAUCCAAAUUUCCCGUGGUUCCUGCAGUGCGUCACGUUCAAUUUCUUCCAGAACGACAGCCAGGAGCUGGCCUACGACAUGUUCAGCUUUGUGGCAGUGUACGUCAACCCUCUGUUGGUCAUAGUCAUGGCGUACACUCUCAUCUUAAUCAAGCUCUCCAGACAACAAGGUGUCCACGAGGCGAUGACCACACUGUCCAAGAGCACUCGCAGACAAUGGAGGCAUCCCUGUAUCUUCCCUCCACAUAAACAGUUGAUAUCCCAUGGGUCUGUCACAAGUUAUCCGGAAGUGAGGUGGUCGACGGCCAGCUACUUGUCCAACGCCAAGAUGAGAACUCUCAAAAUGACGUCAUGCAUUGUAGGCGUUUUUAUCUUGUGCUGGACUCCAUAUUUCGCCAUCAUUCUGUACCACUGGAUCGCUAAAGAAUCUGCCAAGGCAUUGAAUGAUAAAGUCAAACGCGUUCUAUUUAUAUUUGCUGUCUCCAAUUCAUGCAUGGAUCCUUUAGUAUACGGUAAGACUUAA